GGCAGAAUCGAAGAUGGAGUGGCCGUGAGGGUGGCGUUGGUCCUGCGUGCGCCGCCCUUGACCCUCUUCUCGCCAGGCGGCGACUGCUUUGGCGCCCUCGCCAUGGAGACCGUGCAAAUGCGCCACCCGCGCCGGCAGUUAAGGAAGCUCGAUGAAGAUAGUUUAACAAAGCAACCAGAAGAAGUGUUUGAUGUUCUAGAGAAGCUUGGUGAAGGGUCUUAUGGCAGUGUAUUCAAAGCUAUCCACAAAGAGACUGGUCAAGUUGUUGCAAUUAAGCAAGUUCCUGUUGAGUCGGAUCUGCAGGAGAUUAUUAAAGAGAUAUCCAUAAUGCAGCAGUGUGAUAGUCCCCACGUAGUCAAAUAUUAUGGCAGCUAUUUUAAAAACACGGACCUCUGGAUAGUCAUGGAAUAUUGUGGUGCUGGAUCUGUGUCGGAUAUCAUUAGACUGCGAAAUAAAACGUUGAUGGAAGAUGAGAUAGCUACAAUAAUACAAUCAACGCUCAAAGGACUAGAAUACCUGCAUUUCAUGAGGAAAAUACAUCGUGACAUCAAAGCUGGCAACAUACUACUGAACACUGAAGGACAUGCUAAGCUUGCAGACUUUGGGGUAGCAGGCCAACUUACAGAUACCAUGGCUAAAAGAAACACUGUGAUAGGCACUCCGUUUUGGAUGGCUCCUGAAGUGAUCCAAGAAAUUGGAUAUAAUUGUCUGGCGGACAUCUGGUCUCUGGGCAUUACUGCCAUUGAAAUGGCUGAAGGAAAACCACCAUAUGCUGAUAUCCACCCCAUGAGGGCAAUUUUCAUGAUUCCUACAAAUCCACCUCCAACAUUCCGAAAACCAGAACACUGGUCAGAUGAAUUCACAGAUUUUGUAAAACAGUGUCUUGUGAAGUGUCCAGAGCAAAGAGCCACUGCUACACAGCUGCUUCAGCAUCCAUUUGUAAAAAAUGCCAAAGGAGUUUUCAUUCUAAGAGAUCUAAUUAAUGAAGCAAUGGAUAUUAAACUGAAAAUUCAGGAAGCUCAACAGCGAGAGUUGUAUCAUGAGGAUGAAGAAAAUUCAGAAGAAGAUGAAACUGAUUCUAGGACCAUGGUGCGGGCCAGCGGUCAGGAGGCGAGCACAAUCAGGACUGCUUGUGGAAUGAGUGAAGGCAUUAAUACCAUGAUAGAAUACAAUGACACUUUAGAGUCGCAGCUUGGGACAAUGGUCAUAAAUGCAGAAGAUGAAGAUGAUGAAGGAACAAUGAAGAGGAGAGAUGAAACAAUGGAGUCUGUCAGACCGUCUUUCCUUGAAUAUUUUGAACAAAAAGAAAAGGAGAAUCAGAGAAACAACUAUGGAAGGCAUGUACCUGAAAGACAUUCCUCGGAAUGGAGAGUACCUCAGGAUGGUGAUUAUGAAUUUUUGAGGAACUGGACUGUGGAAGAACUUCAGAGGAGACUUGGUGCGCUUGAUCCAAUGAUGGAACAGGAGAUAGAAGAAGUUCGACAAAGGUAUCAGUCGAAACGGCAGCCAAUUCUUGAUGCCAUUGAAGCAAAGAAAAGACGCCAGCAGAACUUCUGAGGAAGGCUCACCGGUAGAAUAGAUUUCCAUCAUUCCUAACAAUAAACUGUGCUUUUACGACUCUGUAGAUGGAUUUCUGUUUAAAAUGUAUUAGCGAAGCAGAAGGCCAGCAUCUUUCCCCCCUUUUACUGUAGCAUCUUUUCAAACUCAGGAAUGCCAUAGUAUGGAAUCCUCAUGAACAGGUAAUGCUGUGUUUCAGUGUUUGAUGUGUUUUUAAAGAGGGUGAUGUUGCUUCAGAGGAAUUGUUACAUUACUGUUUGGAGCUUGUUUUUGUCUUUUGACAAAAGUUGGAAGUGGAUUAAUUAAUUAACAUAGCUUCAGUCACAUACUGGCCCAUAGUCUACUGUUUUGAGUUUAUUCUAUACAGUAGCAUUGCAGUGCUACUUUCUGAAGAUUACAAAGUGCAUAAUUUGCCUGUCAUUCUAAUACUUGAAGGGUGCCUAUCUUCAUAGAAAUACACACACACAUAUACAUACACUGUACAUAUAUACGUGUGUAUAUUAUAUAUAUAUAUAUGUAUGUAUGUAUAUUCAAGUGUGUGAGAAUCUAUAUUAAACAGCCACCAACAGUAUGUUCUUAGGUUGAUGUUUUCAGUGAAACUGGAAACUCUGUAUACUUGUAUACCCACCUAAAAGUGAUCUCAAAAAGUGGGGGGGGAUACAUCAUUUAACCUUUUCUGUUAUCUCCUCUCCCUCAGAGCCACCAAAAGCAAGCACUGUAAAUCUUGCUUUCUAUUGUGCUCUACUACUGUAUUAAUGGUACUGUGAAAAGAAUUUGAAAAGGAAAUCACACUUCCAAUUUUUAUUCCUUCAAAAGCCGAUAUAAAAGCCCCAUGCCUUAUAUUGCCACACUUACUGCAUCAUAUUUCAAAGUUACCAUUUGGUUCUUUUUUGUGUGUGUCCCCUUUGAGUGAAUGCUGAUGCCUUAAGUGUUUUUUUAAUUUUUUUUCCUUUUUUUAAUGUGAGACCAAUCGAUCACUGGACACAAUAUGAAUACCACUUCCUGCAUGCAGCAGAGGAAUGUCGAAGUGCUUGCAACUUAGGAAAUUAGGAACUCUCUUGAGAUAACAAGAGGCUUAAAAUAUUUAAGGGAUUGUGAACGUUUAUGGGCUUUGCUAUUCUGGGCUUAAUUGUUUGUGGCUUGCAAUGUUACUUUAAAUUUAAAUUGGGGCACAUUUGUAGUUUCUUUUGAAGAAGGUUAUUGGUUAAAUGUAAAACAAAAAAUCUGUUGAACUAAAUAUCUUCAAAUUGUCCUUUUAGGAAAAGCUUGAAGAGUUGAGUUUAACAAAGUAAUUCCAUUCAUUCUAGGCAGAUUCCUCUAGGAACUCCAGCUGGAAGUUAAAUGGGAAAUGUGUAAGACUGAGACUCACCUCUCCCACAAUUCACAUUCAUUAGAGUGGAAUUGGUGCAGAAGUUUAUAGUUGAAUGUGCAUGUGGUCUGUUUGGAUUUCACAAUUUUUAACCCCUAUCUCAUGGAUUGACCAGACUUUGUGAACAUCACUGGUGUGUGCUGGCCAAAAUCCAAAUAACAGUCUGGCACAGGUGCACUGUGAAUUUUCCCCUCUAGCAGCAGCCCCUUGUGCCUAAUGGAAUUCUUUCUGGACAGUCUCCUGUUUUUUUCAGAGGCAUUUGUUCGGACAUACAAAGACCAUUCCUGCUGCUUAAGCCUGGAAACAUUAUUUGUGAGGGUGUUUUACAUUUGCCACAACAGAGUUCUUCUUCUUGAUAUUUUCCAUUUAGAACUCUGUUCUAAAGAAUAGCUGUUGAUUCAACUGUCUGAUUGGACAUGCAGCCCCCCCCCCCCACCAGCUGAUCUCAGUUCAGAUUUUUAAAAGGCCAGAUUGGUGGUGUCUGCCCAAGUAUUUCCUUCUUUAGGACUCUUACAGUUCUAAAGGAAGCAACAUGUUUUGUUUUUCAGUUUUAGUAUUAAUAGGAGUAAUUCCCUGCCUUUUACAAAGCAGUAAAAUUGAUGGCAUUUCCUUUUUUGAGGACAUGUCUGUUAAUACCUUGGCUUACAUUGGAGUUCAGAGACCAAGAAAAAAGCCAAACAACCAAUUCACAGAUAUUGGCAGAUAAGGAAUGCAGUUUCUGUGAUUGUAAAAGGAGCAUUGAAUAAUAAACCAAAGUAACUGUGUGUCCAUUGUGAAGCCAUGCUGGUAACUUCUGAGGAAGCACGCGCUCUGGUCACUUCUGCUAUUUCAAAGGAGUAACCCUGCAAACAAAGCUAGUAAAUUAAAAACAAGCCUACUUGCAAGACCAACUGCCUUUUUGAAAUAUUGGUUGUUGAUGGCUGAACUCUCCAGCAAAUAGUAUGGCAUGAAGACUGUCAGUGACCAAAAGCAGAGCCCAGAUGCUUUCUACAGUGCAGCUUACUGUUCAUGUUUGUUGUUCAUGGGCUCAUUUUUGCAGCCCACCCUGUUCUCUUGCUGUAAAGGUAAUAUCUGCAUACACCAAUAAGAUGGAAGGACCUUAAAUAGUUAGCUAUGAACCAAAUUGCUUCUGAAAUAGAAGCAUUUUGCCUCUCGUUAG